AUGGAGAGGAUAACUUCACUUGUAUUCUUUGCUAGCUUCCUUAUUAUAUUUGUCUCAGGUGUUAAUCAGACAAGAGCAGAUUCAUGCGAUGAAAGUCUAGGCCUUUGCGAAACAUGUGACGAAAGAUGCCAGGCCAAACACGGGCCAUCGUGCAUAAGCAAAUGUGACGGAGAGGUUGGGAUGUUGUCGUGCACGUGCACUUACGAGUGUGGACCACCUUUACCCCCCAAAGGUAACGUUUGCAGCGGUGGGACUGGUAUGUGCAGUGGAAAGUGUCCAUAUAAAUGUUGUGAUACCAGUUGCGCACAAAAGUAUAAUGGUGGACGUGGAUUUUGUAACUCCUUUGGUAAUUAUAAUUUUUGCCAAUGCGAAUACCCUUGCUAA